AUAAAAUAUUAUGCGAAGAAGUUAUCUAGCUAGUCUAAGAAAGAUCGAUGGUUUCUUUCCACGUACUUACAGGUGCCUAAAAUACAUUGAAGAGAAAACAAAAAGUGAGAGGAAAACCAACAGUAACAUUGAAGUAACUCAUUAAAAACUCAAAGCUUUUUCAUGUCACAAAAAAUCACUUCUACUUGUCACAUGUAAACAUCUUGGUUGCUUAAAAUAUGACAAUAUCAAGGGGAAACUUGCUUUCUUAUAUACUGGUUUCUAUAAUCAGGAUUUAAGGUUAAAAUUAAGUUCCUUUUUGGUCAUUAUUGACGAUGUCAAACUGUAUGCACAUCAGUUACUUCCCACUGAUCUGCACAGUAACCCGAACAAAGAAGGGGAGAUCACUUCGUCGAGUGUGUGAUGAUGCGUCGUUAACGACGUCAUUUAAAAUUACGCAUAAACGAUUAUGACGUCAUUACGUUAACGACCAUAUCACUUAACGACUUCAUUUUGAUAAGAACUGCAGCUGAUUUGAGGAAAAAACAAGAAACUAUUAGAAUGGACACAAUAUAUCAGCCUACAUUUGUUUUUUCGCGGAACGGAACACUGAUAACCAAUCGGUUUGUUGAGUUUCGGAAGUUGUGUGCAACUUUUGCGGAUGAUAUUACAAAAGGACGAGAUCCAACAGCGAAAAUAUUAACCAGGAUUACACAAUUCCCACCUCUCAGAGGUGUCCCCCUUUUAAACGAGGCAUUUGAUUUACUGAAGGAUUCUGCGUUUGAAUACCAUAUGUCACGUGACAAGGGUAACAUUGACCAUUGGCUUGAACUACAUGACCAAGGAGAUUCAAAGGGUUCGAACCCUUCAUUAAACAAUUUGAGGAGAAUAAGACAGAAAGAUGAUGCGUUCUUACCUAAAAAAGAAAUGACCACAUGUACGAAAGUGUUCCGGAAAUUGUCACAGAUCUGCCAUAAACACCAGCAAGCACUUGAAUCCUUAACGGAUGCUAUUAAGGAAUACAAGGAAUUGGACCGGAAGUGUAUGGAAGCAUACAGACAGAUGAAUGCAGCAGCCGACAAUUUCAACGAGUAUGCUAACGAUGUCGACAGCCAAAAUUGCUUUAAAGAAGCUAGCUUUGAAGCACACAAGGUUUAUAUUCAGAUGACAAAAGAAUAUAUCACGUGCAAAGAAAAGUCCAAGCUGGCAUUAGAGAAGAUGUACCCUCUGUACAAAACAGAAAAACAAAUCAGAGAGGAGCGUAUGAAUAAGUUAGACAAGGAU